GACGACGCUGACGAAUUUCCAGUACGGGUUCAAGCUGACCCGAGAAGACGACUGGCGAUUGUACUUCACGACUCACGUACAACCCCGUCAACGCCUCCGCGCUCUUGCGGUUCUGAAUCGGGUGGGACGGGAUCGAGGAGCUGCUCUGGUGGAACGAAAGUCGGAGAAUCUGGGACGUGCUGCAGAGGCAACCGGAGAACGAGUGCGAGAAUUACAAUCGGGCGAUGGUGA